AAUGGGUUUGGCUUCCAUAAUUUGUGUUCCGUAAAAAGAAAAUAAAUAAAUAUAAAGAAAAAAGGAACGGAAAUCCGUUUGCGUAACCACUACCACCGAUUCAUUCAUUUCAUUCUAAUAAAUUUUCCACUCCCACCGCACCACCUCCCUACAAUUUCUCUUCCUCUCUCUCCUAUAAUUCUUCAUCUUCUUCCUCAUCUUCUUCGUCGGUUACCACUCCUCCACCCUCCAUCCAUCUCUCCCCUUCCUUCUUUAUAUUUCUAGAUCCUAUCAAUCGCCGAUGAUCACCGUUUCCGCCAUUUGAUUCUGCACAUAUACAUAUAUGUCUUCCAGGAUCUGGAAAUCAUAUUUGUUCUCAUCUGAUUAUGCCCAAAUGACUUUCUUGUUCAGGUGGUGAAUUCCCAUACCAUUGGUAUUUUAAACUUCACAUUACCUUAAGUUCAUCUGUUUUAUUCCGGAGAAAAUGUUGGGUGGUGACAAUGGCAAUGCCUUGCUUCCCAUUUUCCUGGAUGAAAAUCGAACUCAGUAUCAAAGUAAUGCUUCUGGUCAGCUGCAGCUAUUUGGAAAUUUUCCCGUUAGCUGUGGAAUUGAGCCUGUAAAUUAUUUUGGAAGUGAGCAAAUGGCUCAUAUGCUCCGCCCUAACAAAAGAAGUAGGGAAGUAGAAGAUUUCUCAAGACAGCAGAAGCUUCAGAUUUCCUUAAAUUAUAACGCCUGUCCAGAUGAUGCUGAUCGUUCAGCAAACAUUAGAAACCCAAAUGCCGUGUCAACAGGUUUAAGGCUAUCGUAUGAUGAUGAUGAACACAACUCCUCUGUUACUACUGCAAGUGGAAGUAUAACAGCGGCACCUUCCAUCAUCUUUUCACUUGGUGAUAAUAUCAGGACUGAGAUUGAUAGACAAAAGGAAGAGUUUGAUCAGUAUAUUAAAAUUCAGGAAGAACAUUUGGCAAAGGGUAUAAGGGACAUGAAGCAGAGACAUACGGCCUCGUUUCUUAAUGCAAUAGAGAAAGGGAUCGGGAGGAAACUACAUGAGAAGGAUGUUGAAAUUGAGAAUAUGAACCGUAAAAACAGGGAACUAGUGGAGAGAAUAAAGCAGGUUGCGACGGAAGCCCAGAAUUGGCAUAGCAGAGCUAAAUACAAUGAAUCAGUGGUAAAUGUCCUGAAAAACAAUCUCCAGCAUGCUAUCUCGCAGGGUGGGGACCAAGCAAAGGAAGGAUUCGGAGACAGUGAGGUGGAUGAUGCUGCCUCACACGUUGAUCCAAACAAUUACCUUAGUGUUCCAGGAGGGAAUGUGAAAUCUUGUACCAGGAAUUUACCAGGCUUCAAGGAGCACAUGAUUUGCAGAGCAUGCAAGGCAAAAGAGGUUUCCAUCCUACUCAUGCCUUGUAGACACCUUUGUUUGUGUAAAGAUUGUGAUGGACUUGUAAAUGUCUGUCCUGUCUGUCAGUUGAUCAAAACGGCUGGCAUUCAAGUGUAUUUGUCCUAAAUUAUAAUCAUACCAAAUUGGAAAAGAAAAUCUUGCUAUCCUUCUGUA